UACUGGUGCAGUUGUGAGUUUAGUGUUGCAGAAGGUGGAACCAUGUUGAACGUAUUGGGGAGGACUUGUUCUUGUAUUUUAAAGACGGCUAAACCUGCCGUUUCUCUAUCAAAAGUACAAGAAACUAGUUUUAAAAUCAUUCCAACUUUAUGUACCAAACAUCAAAACUAUGCAACAGAAGCAGCUACUUCAGCAAAACAAAGCCCAAACUAUGGAAAGAUUGUAGCAGUAAUUGGUGCUGUUGUAGAUGUUCAGUUUGAAGAUGACUUGCCACCCAUUCUUAAUGCAUUGGAGGUUCAAGGCCGAAAACCUAAGUUAAUUUUGGAAGUUGCCCAACAUUUAGGUGAAAACACUGUUCGUACUAUUGCAAUGGAUGGAACAGAAGGUUUAGUCCGGGGCAACAAAGUUCUUGACACUCAGUCUCCUAUUAAGAUCCCUGUUGGACCUGAGACUUUAGGCCGUAUCAUAAACGUCAUAGGCGAUCCCAUCGAUGAGCGAGGCCCAGUCAACACUGACAAGUAUUCUGCUAUUCAUCAGGAAGCUCCUGAGUUUGUGGAGAUGAGUGUAGAACAAGAAAUUCUGGUUACAGGGAUUAAGGUGGUUGACUUGCUGGCUCCCUACUCAAAGGGAGGGAAAAUUGGAUUGUUUGGUGGUGCUGGUGUAGGAAAAACAGUACUAAUCAUGGAACUAAUCAACAAUGUGGCUAAAGCCCAUGGGGGUUAUUCUGUAUUUGCUGGUGUUGGUGAAAGGACACGAGAAGGAAAUGACUUGUAUCACGAAAUGAUUGAAUCUGGUGUCAUUAGUUUAAAAGACAAGACUUCUAAGGUGUCUCUGGUAUAUGGUCAGAUGAACGAACCACCUGGUGCUCGUGCCCGAGUAGCCCUAACUGGUUUGACAGUUGCAGAAUAUUUCAGAGAUCAAGAGGGUCAGGAUGUACUGCUUUUUAUUGACAACAUUUUUAGGUUUACUCAAGCUGGAUCAGAGGUAUCUGCUCUGUUAGGUCGUAUUCCUUCUGCCGUAGGUUACCAACCAACUCUAGCAACUGAUAUGGGUACCAUGCAGGAAAGAAUUACCACUACCAGGAAAGGAUCCAUCACAUCUGUGCAGGCUAUCUAUGUGCCAGCUGAUGACUUGACUGAUCCUGCUCCUGCUACCACCUUUGCUCACUUGGAUGCUACCACUGUGUUAUCCCGUGGUAUCGCCGAGUUGGGCAUUUAUCCUGCUGUUGACCCACUGGACUCUACUUCUCGUAUUAUGGACCCUAAUGUUGUGGGUAGGGAACACUACGAUGUUGCCCGUGGUGUACAAAAAAUUUUGCAGGAUUACAAAUCUCUUCAGGAUAUCAUUGCCAUCCUUGGUAUGGAUGAACUGUCAGAGGAAGACAAGUUAACAGUUUCACGUGCCAGAAAAAUUCAACGAUUUCUAUCCCAACCUUUCCAGGUAGCAGAAGUGUUUACAGGCCAGGCUGGAAAAUUUGUACCACUUGCAGAUACCAUCAAGGGAUUCAAAAUGAUUCUAGAAGGUGAAAUGGACCAUCUACCUGAAGUAGCUUUUUACAUGGUUGGGCAUAUUGAUGAGGUUAUCAGCAAGGCCGAGAAGUUAGCAGAAGAAUCUUAAUUUCUGAUGUUUGUUUAGUGGUGUAGCUUUUGUUCAGUGUCUCAGUCUAGGGUUGUAGGUAUACAGUGAUUAACCUCAAUCCUGUGGUUGAGGAAUUUAGAUUAGCAAGUACAGUUUGAAAAAACCAAAAAAGAUUGAAGUAAAUUUUGUCUUCGUUAGGCUUGAAUCAACAUUUUUUUUUAAUCUCAUAAAAUAGUGGGCUCACGUUUUUCUGAACUGUACAGAUGCUGCACACAGGUAGAACUAUGGUGAAUAAAAAAAAUUGUGUAA